CUUAUCCAGACAGCGCCUACUCUCCUCCUCGCCACGCUUGGCUUUCUUCUCUCUGGGAAAAUCCUAAGCUACUUCUCGACAUGGAAAGCGAUGUCGGCCAUCGACGAGCUUGUGAUGAUCGUCAUGCCUUUGCUGAACCUGAAAGGAAAUCUGGAGAUGAACCUGUCCGCACGCCUCGGGACAUCGGCGAACCUGGGCGACCUCGACGUUCCCACGAAGCGACGCUCCAUCAUCGUCGGCAACCUCGCCUUGUUGCAAGUACAAGCUACGAUUGUUUCCUUUUGCGCCGCCAUUGUCGCCUUCGCCUCGAGUCGUGCGUUACCCCGAAUGUUCGGCGUGCAUGACGACACAUCGACAGAAGAACUCGCCAUUCGGGCCGCCGUACUUGGGCACUCUUCAGGUGCUGCUGAAUUUCUCGUGGUGGCAUCCUCAGCCAUGUGCGCAGCUUGCCUGUCCAGCGCCCUUCUUGGUUCGUUCAUGUGCGGUCUCGUCCUGCUCUGCCGAAAGUUCGGACUCGACCCAGGCGAGCAACCUAUGCGUACAGACAACAUCGCUCCAGCUGUAGCGGCAUGCUUGGGCGACCUCGUCACGCUUGCACUGCUCGGGCUCAUCUCAGAGGCUCAUCUCGGCUUUCUGCGCCGUCCACUCGUCCCGCUCUUGAUCAUCAUCGCCCUUGCCCUCGCCGCCGCAUGCUGGACGGUGGUCGCCCUGCGCAACUCGCACGUCCGCCCGCUGCUCACCAAAGGCUGGAUCCCGCUCUUCGUCGCAAUGGCGAUCAGCAGCGUCGCCGGCGUCGUGCUCGACGCCUCUGUCGAGCGCUACGUCGGCUUCGCGCUCCUCGCCGUCGUCUACGCCGGCCUUCCAGGCGCGGCAGGCGCGAUCUUCGUCUCGCGCCUCUCCACAGCGCUGCACGCGUCGUCCGGCCCAGACGCUUCCUCGCCUCCCGACGCGCGCGACGCGACGAAGGCGGAGGCGGAGGAGGAGUGGGAUGCGCGGCCCGCGGCGGCGGCGGCACCCAGCGCGCGCCUCGUGCUGCUCACGCUCGCCGCGGUCUGCGCGUGCGUCGAGCUCCUGCUGCUCGUCGCGCUCCGGCUCGCGCGGUGGCUCCCGCUCCCGCCGCUCUUCGUCUCGCUCCAAGUGCCGUUCUUCCUCCUCGCGGUCGCGGUCCCGCUGGGGAUCGCGGAGCCGAUGACGACCUUCCUGUGGAGGCGGGGGCUCGACCCGGACGUGUGCGCGCUCCCGAUCCAGUCGGCGUUCACGGACCUGACGGGGCAGCUGCUGCUCGUCGCGUGCUACGAGGUCGCGUCUUUGGCGAGGAUGCAGGUCGCUGCGAGCUGA